CCUCUAUGUCAUCAGUUAUGAGAUAUUUAGAGUCCUGGAUGACUCUAAAUGGAUUAGAUCUUUCAACCUCUAAAAGCUGUUUAGUUUUGUUUACCAGAAAACGCCAAUGUCCUUUAAUAGAAGUAAAAUAUAAACAUGUUAUGAUUCCGGUAAAGACCGAAGUGAAAUUUCUUGGUGUUUUAUUAGACUCAAAACUUACAGGUUCUCAACAUAGUGAUUACUUAGUUACUAAAUGUGAACGGAACUUGAAUAUUUUACGUUGUCUUACAGGUGUUUGGUGGGGGGCGCAUCCGUUUUCUUUACGACUUAUAUAUAAUGCAUUAAUUAGAAGUCUUUUAGACUAUGGUACAUUUAUCUUGGAACCGGCUAAUUCAGCAGCGUUCAAAAAACUUGAUUUAAUUCAGAACAAGGCUCUUAGAAUAAUUGCUGGUGCGAUGAAAUCCAGUCCAAUUAACGCCCUAGAAGUUGAGUGUGUAGAACCUCCUCUUAAAUUGCGAAGACAGUACUUGUCAGACAGAUUUUUGUUUAAAGCCUUGCAAUUUUCUAAUCACGCUCUUUUCCAAUUCUUCAAUCUCUUUCUCAAUAUAUUGCAACGUCUUCAUCGUGGAAAGAAAAAUCACUUCCUUGUUUAGUUAUAAGUUUUCGUAAAUUUAUAAGUUUUCAAGCGCCCACUUAUAGAUCAGUUUCUCUCCCAAUUUUUAUGGUUGGGUUUAAAUCACUUUUGCUUUCGCCGGUGAUAUGUUAUUCCUUGGGCGUUGAUAGAGACCACCCUAACACUAAUACUCAGUUUAAUGAAUUAGUAAGCAUUAAAUGGCCUGAUUCUCACCACAUAUUCACUGACGCAUCAAAACACUCUUUGUCAGAUUAUACGGGCGUGGGCGUUUACCAUACUCAGUAUAACAUUAUACAAAAAUAAAGCUUCCUCCAGAAACUUCAGUCUUUACAGGGGAAUGUUAUGGAAUAUAUAAAGCGUUAGAAUUUAUUCUUAUUGCUAGACUUAGUAAAACUGUUAUUUUUCAGAUUCAUAUAGUGCCCUUCAGGCCGUUGAAAAAUUUCCUUUCAAAUCAAAAUCCCACUCAAUUGUGAUAAUGAAUAUAAGAGAAAAGCUCAUAGAAUGCCUUUCCAAAAACGUAAUUGUAGUUUUAUGUUGGGUCCCUGGUCAUGCUAAUAUAAAAGGAAAUGUAAAAGCCGACCUUUUGGCUAAGGAGGCGAUAACAAGUGGUGAUGUAUAUCCGUACAUAAAUUAUUGCAACGAUCUGGCUGCACUUCCGAGUACUUUUCUCAGGGAAUCCUGGGAAAAAUGCUGGGAAGAAAGCAGUCAGAUAAAAGGCAAAUUGUAUUCGAAAGUCCAAUUGGGUAUACCGGAGAAGCCAUGGUUUUGCAAAUUAAAUCUUGGUAAGCGAUCUACUAGUAUAUUAAUGAGAAUGCGCUUGGGUCAUGUGUGUUCGCCAGCUCACCUUGCUAGACUUGGUAUUAUUGGUAGUAGAACUUGUGAAUGCGGUGAAGAGGAGGGUGACCUCAAUCAUAUCUUCUUCGCUUGUCCGCUUUUUGAUAAUGCUCAUUUUAUAAGUCAACUCAUUUCCUUUGGUGUUCCUUUUCCUUGUUGUAUUUCUUCCCUCCUCUUAUUUAAUGUAAAUAUUUAUAAAGCUAUUUCCUCAUUUAUUGUACAUAAUAACAUAAAAAUAUAGUUUGUAUAUACUUAUUAAUAUAUUGUAUUGACGAAUAUUAUUAUUAUUAAUAUAUUAUAUCUUGACAACUUUCCUGACUUAAUCCUAAUUCCGAAACCAAUUUCCUUCCUGUAAUAUGUUUCCCUAGCUUUAUUGACAUUGGCGUAGCACAGCAACAUAGUGCUUGUAGCCAUAAAAAAAAAAAAAAAAAAACAAAAUAAACGUUGAAAAAUUAUGGGAAAUUCUAUCAUUCUAUGUAAUUAUUAUGUUACUAUUUUAAUUUGUUAAUUGUUUUAUUAAACACUGGAGUUCAAGUAUCAUUCGAUUGAAUUCUAAAAAGCUUCAACUGCAGCCGCCGCCCAGUGCUUGCCACAAUGUUAGCCCUUUUGUAUCAAAUGAAAUCUAGUAAAAGACCAAUUGAUUAUGAAGAUUACUAUCGCAAUUUUAAACACAACGCCAAAACAAAACAAGAUAUAGCAUCCAAGUGCAGAGUUUGUUUAAGCAAAGGAACCAUAUCAUUGUCUGACAAUGAAAACUAUGCAGAAUUACUGGAAGCUUUGCAAAUUUUCGCUGAUAUAUCAAUAAAUGAAAAUAAUGAUGAGUACCCAAAAAACUUGUGUAAGGUUUGCCAUAAAUUUCUAAGAGGUGCAAUAUUAUUUAGAAAAAUGGCAAGAGAGACUGAAGAAGCUCUGAAUCAAACAGUAAAGGAAGAAAAAUUUGUAGAACCACAUGAUUCUACCCAUGACUAUGAUGAUAUUUUUGACGCCAAGGAACCUAGUAAAUGGCAGAAUAUUGACUUUCCGGACACUAUUGUAAAGACAGAAAAAAAGGCUAAACCCAAAUACCCCCCAAAAGUAACAUGCCAUGUAUGCAAUAAAGUAUUAAAUAGAUCUUAUUAUAAGGAACACAUGACUAUGCAUGAUCCAGAUCACCCAAAAUACAUUUGUGAUGUUUGUGGAAAGUCAUUUAGAUUACGCUGUGCCUAUCACAACCAUAGUUUGCGUCAUAAAGAUGAUUUCCCUUAUAAAUGUCAAUUCUGUCCCUACCGAGGAAGGUAUUUGGAACUUCUCAAAACUCACAUGCGUACACACACUGGCGAUUACAGGUACAUGUGUACUGAAUGUCCUGCCAGGUUCUUAUUUAAGAGUAACUUGAAUAGUCAUAUGUUAAAGCACAAAGAACCACAGUUUAAAUGUGAUGGAUGUAAAAGAGCAUUCCAUACAAAGUUAAUGUUACAGAGGCAUUACGAAGCAGAUCAUCUUGGCAUCAAGAACCAUGUUUGUAAUAUGUGUGGCAAGGCAUUUGGCUACAGGAAUGCUAUGAUGAAACAUCAGCGUCAUGUCCACAAGAGGGAGAAAAUGUUAUAUGGACGGAUGCCAUCUUACUUACAGGCGGAGCUUAAGAAAAGAGGUGAAUAAUGGAAUGUAAAUUUUAAUAAAAAUAAUAUAUAA